AUGGGGUUCCGUAAAGAGUACCUGGAUUUGAUCUUGGUUCCUAGCGGGUUGCUGAUCAUGUUUACUUAUCACCUUUUUCUCCUUUACAGAUAUAUCAAUUUGCCUCACAAAACAGUCAUGGGAUUUGAGAACAACGACAAAAGGGCUUGGGCUAGAAAUAUUAUGGCGGUUGAAAAAAAGGAACUUGGCCCAACUAUAACUGUUCUUCAAAACAACACACAAGCUUCUACAGCCUUAGCCGCUGUCUCUUUGACUCUUUGUUCUCUUAUUGGAGCUUGGAUUGCCAGUAGUUCCAAUGCUUUCUUCCAAAGUCAAUUAAUCUAUGGUGACACAAGGGCAACCACCAUUUCCAUCAAGUACAUUUGCUUAUUAAUUUGCUUCCUACUUGCUUUCGCAUGCUUUGUUCAAGCAUGCAGGCACUUUGUUCAUGCAACCUAUCUCAUAAGCACCCCAAAAAUCCCAGGCACCCCAGAUAGUUCUAUCCCAGUGAGGAGUGUCGAAAUAGCAGUCAUAAGGGGAGGUGAUUUUUGGUCACUUGGUCUUCGAGCCCUCUUUUUUGCUCUUGACUUGCUCCUUUGGUUUUUUGGGCCAAUACCUAUGUUUAUGUGCUCAGUUUUUUUGGUGAUGAUCCUUCAUUACCUUGACUAUAAUUCAAGGCCAAUGCAUCCUCAUAGGUCUCACGGAGACCAGUUUCAGAUGUCAAAGGGAAGCUUUGACGUAUGA